AUGUCUCAGGCUGAGUUUGACAAAGCUGCUGAGGACGUCAAGCACCUCAAGACCAAGCCCGCGGACGACGAGAUGCUGUUCAUCUACAGCCGCUACAAACAGGCCACUGUGGGAGACGUGAAUACAGAACGGCCUGGGAUGCUGGACCUCAAAGGCAAGGCCAAGUGGGAUGCCUGGAAUGCGCUGAAAGGGACGUCCAAGGAAGAUGCCAUGAAAGCGUACAUCAACAAAGUAGAAGAACUGAAGACAAAGUACGGAAUGUAG